GUGGGGUGGAAACGUUUAGAGGUUGUUCGUUGUCUAUCCAUAUAUAGUAACUUUUUUUUGGUCUAGUUCCAUUAUAAAUAUAUUAUCAUAAUCUAAGACUAAGUCAUAUCCGAAUCCGAUGUUAGUUUAAUCAAACUAAAAAGUCAAUGAGCUUAAUGCGAAUCAGAUUCUUCUAAUCUUACAACAAUCAAACACUCGAUCAUGGAUCCAAUUUCUCCGGUGAAAACAUCAACAAUGGCGAAACCCGUAUCAUACGUCACCGGAUCCGAGCUUCUCACCCUCAAAGAAGGCUCUAAUGUAGCCAUUGUUGACGUCAGGGACGAUGAGCGGAGUUACGACGGUCAUAUAGCCGGUUCACUUCACUUCGCCAGCGAUACAUUUAACGACAGGGUCCCUGAUCUCCUUCAAACCGCUAAAGCUCAGGGGAAAGAUACCCUUGUCUUUCACUGUGCUCUCAGUCAGGUUCGUGGACCGACAUGUGCACGCAGAUUUGCAGAUUAUCUUGCAGAAGCGAAGGAGGAUGCAGGAAUCAAGAAUGUAAUGGUGCUUGAACGCGGUUAUAACGGUUGGGAAGCGUCUGGUAAACCUGUUUGUCAUUGCAGUGGAACUAACUGCAAAGGUGGAUGUUAAAUCAAGAGCCUUAACAUUCUAUAUAUAUACUCUUUAUUAUACUAAAAUGCAAGAAAUUGUGUGAGGUUUAGUUACUUGACUGAACUUGACACUUAUUUGUGCUCGGAUAUGUCGUCUUUUUUGUGUGAAAACAAGUAAACAACAUAAGAUCAGUAUCGAACAUUUUUCGCUCAGAUAUGUUGUGUUACUUUUCUUGUCAAACAUUUGUACCAUAUCAAUAUGUAUUGUAAUGUCUUGUCCUAUGUCAUGAGGUACAAGCCUACAAUGUCUUGUGUUA